UGAAAUUUCCCAUUUAAAUAAAAAUUAUAAUGUAAAUUUACAUAAAAUGUUAAUAAAAAAACCACAAAAAAAAUACAUUUUAUUCCCUACUUGCUCUGCUUUCUGACUUCUACUAUGUUUUCCCCCUGUUUUCCUUCUUAAGAAGCCACCUUUCCAUUCUCACUCUUCCCUCCCAUGACAACUUUUGCAACAUCUUUAAAAGUUUAAACUACCAAACAAACCCUUAGCUAUUUUUCUUUCACCUCUGAGUUAAAAACCAUGCUAAAAAACUAAGCUUUUAGAGCUUCUUCAAUGGCGACUAUCAACAAUAAAAACCCAGAAGAAGUUGCUAUUCCUAUAUUGUCUUCAACAAAUGAACAACCUCCCAACAUGGGUUUUGAAAACCAUGAAAAACCCACAAAUGAUUCUCCCAAAUCACCUGAAAUUACCUCAAUAACCCCCAAAAAACCUCCCAUUUACCCAACACCAGAAUCACCCAUAUUGAGAAGAAGGUCAUUUAAGUCAAAAACCAGAUUUGGGGAACCCUCAGUUCCAAUUGAUUCACAAACCAUGGAAAAUUUGGGGGGUUCUCCUAGAUUUUGGAGCCAAUCUUCCUUCUCAGAGAAGACUCCUAAGGAAGCUUCUGGAAGGGUAAAAGUGGAAACACCAAAAGAGAAGAAGGAAAAUCAGAAGGUGGGCCCAGAUGAGAAGGAGAUAUAUAAGAGAGUUACUGCUCAGCUAAGUGCUAGGAAAAGAUGGAGAAUGACUGUUAAAUUAAUUCUUGAGUUAAUUGCUUUUUUGUUGAUUUUGACAUGUUUGUUGUGCAGUUUAACUCUUGAGAUUUUUAAGGGUAAAUUGUUUUGUGGGUUAGAAGUUUGGAAAUGGUUUGCACUUCUAAUGGUUAUUUUUUCUGGUAUGUUGAUUACUGGGUGGUUUGUGCAUUGUAUUGUGUUCUUGAUUGAAUGGAAAUUCUUGUUGAAGAAGAAUGUGGUGUAUUUUACACAUGGAUUGCAAACUAAUGUUGUUGUCUUUAUUUGGAUUACUGUGGUUCUUGUUACUUGGGUUGUGAUGUUUAAACAUGAUCCUGCAACAACUCGGAGAUUGAGCUCGAAAACGAAGAGUAUACUUGAUCACAUUACUUGGACUAUAGCUACUAUGCUCAUUGGCUCAUUCUUGUGGUUGGUUAAGACUACCUUGAUAAAGAUAUUGGCGUCUUCGUUUCAUUUGAAUAGGUUUUUUGAGAGGAUUCAGGAGGCAGUGUUUCAUCAUUAUGUGCUCCAGACAUUGUCUGGGAGGCCGGUGGUUGAGCUUGCCCGUAAACUUAGUAAGGAGGAGAGUCAGAGUAAUCAGGUGAGCUUCACAGAGCACAUGGGAAGUUCCAAGGAGAAGAAGGUGGUUGAUUGGGGGAAGCUUCAUCAAAUGAAGAAGGAGAAAGUGCCUUCUUGGACUAUGAAGUUGUUGGUUGAUGUGGUAUCAAAUUCAGGGUUAUCGACCAUGUCUAGUAUUCUCAACCAAGAUGUAGUUGAAGGCGGGGUUGAAUUGGAUGACGAUGAAAUUACUUGUGAGGAGGAAGCUAUUGCAACUGCUGUUAGGAUAUUCUACAAUGUGGUUGGUGACAAGGAUGAACUCUACAUGGAUAGAGGUGACCUCCUAAGGUUCAUGAUUUGGGAAGAGGUGGAUCUUGUUUAUCCGUAUUUUGAAGUCAAUGAAAAAAGACAGAUUGACAUGAAAGCUUUCUCUAAGUGGGUGGUCAGAGUCUACCAAGAUCGGCAGGCACUCAAACAUGCUUUGAAUGACAACAAAACUGCGGUGGACGAGUUCAACAAGAUACUGAAUGGAAUUCUGAUAAUUAUAAUCAUCAUACUCUGGCUUCUUGUGACGGAGAUUGUUACGACAAAAAUACUUCUCUUCUUCUCUUCUCAACUACUCGUGGCAGUUUUUGUAUUUGGGAACACUUGCAAGACCAUUUUUGAAGCAAUUAUAUUUGUUUUUGUUAUGCAUCCAUUUGAUGUUGGUGAUCGCUGUGUCAUCGAUGGGACGCUGAUGGUGGUUGAAGAGAUGAAUAUCUUAACAACAGUAUUUUUGAAACUUGACAAAGAAAAGUUGUAUUAUCCAAAUUCAGUUUUGUCUACCAAAGCCAUUGGCAACUACUACAGGAGUCCAGAUCAGGGAGAUAGUUUGGAGUUUGGAAUAGAUUAUACUACACCGCUUCCAAAAAUAGCAAAGCUAAAAGAACAUAUAAAAGAGUAUCUGGAGCAUACUCCUCACUUCUGGCACCCGGAACACAAUUUGGUUGUCAAAGAGAUCGAGAAUGUUAAUAAGAUAAAAAUGGCUCUCUUUUUCAAUCAUACGAUGAACUUUCAAGACAUUGUUGAAAAGGGCAGGCGGAAAACUGAACUUGUAUUGCAAAUGAAGAGCAUAUUUGACGACCUAGAAAUUUCAUACCACCUACUGCCUCAGGAGGUUCAUCUUACUAAAAUGGCGUCAAAUGUUUGAUGUAAUAGCUGACAAGUUCAUUUGGGCAUCGGCAAUUGCAAGAUUAUUCUCAAUGGAUGCUUGAUGAAUGACGCUGCAGAAGUUCGUGUUCGUAUGAGAAAACCGGUUUUCAGAUGCUUUGCUAACUUAUUAACACAUUGUAUGUUUUGAAACUAAUCCUUGACUCUUGCUUUUUCUCACUCUCGCUAUCUGCGUUCCUUUUUUUUUUUUUUGGUGAAUCUGUAAUUGCGUGUAACUCAAGCUAAUUUAGGACAAUAGAUGUAUAUUUUGGUGCUAAUCAUUCUUUAUACUUCUCUCAGAAGGUUUUUUCUUC